AACUAAUUUGGCUGCCAGUGCAGAAAGUGAUCUCUAUUUGAUGAGAUUUCUUAAAAUAAGUUGGCAUGUUCAGAUACCAGUAGUUUUAAAAAUAAAAUCAGAGAGACUCAUUUCAAGCAGCUCUCGACUACACUUGUUUAGUCUGUUCACAAGCCAAUUAGUAUUCAGCACCUUUAAAUAAGAUUGAAUGUACAUAGACCCUGAGUCUGGUUCUACUCCAUAAAAAUGACGUAACUCCAGUGGGAGGCAGCAAUGCACUAAACUGCCCAGUCUGCUGGAAAAGAAGUAGAGGGCAGUGAAAAGAAGACGAUGCUGAUGUGCUCUUGUAUGUAUCAAGAUGGGCAGAGCCCAAGACCUGUUGUAUAAAAUUCUGUGGUCAAAGUCAGGACUAAGAAAAAGACAAGUUGGCAAAAGAUGUGUGUGUGUUUGUUUUAAAGGAAAUGUUGAGCUCAAUAUUAAACUGUAAAAAUCAGAAGGAAGAAGCGUAACUGUAGAGCAUGUACUCAUAUCAUGCAGGAAAUUAAAUGAUGACUCAGUUUAGGAGAACUGGGACAACAGUGUUAAAUGCGUCUCAGAAUGGAGAGACAGUGUUAAAGAGAGGAAAUUAUUUCAUUUGCUAAGGCUGACGGGAGUCGAUUGAAGGAUCUGGGAUGUAUGGGCGGUGAGUUAACAGAGAAACAGAAGGUGGCAGUAAACGCAACACUGCGGAUGUCAACUACUGCUGAAGAAGAAGAAGAAGAAGAAGCCGGUGCCGCUUCCUGUCUGAGGAGAGAUUGUUGGAGAGAGAAAGACAAAGCUCGUGACAUGGAAACAACAAAUGUGAAGGUUGUUAAUUAGUGAACAUGAAUGAAGCGGUGAGGUGUUGGGAGUUAAGUGAAUGAUUUCCUGCAGAGUAACAUUUUCCUCAGAGGUGAAACAUGCUGACAAGACGAAAAACAUUUGGAUGUUAAGUUUGACCAAUGAGGUGGUGAAAUGAGUUCUUCAGAAGAGUUGAAACAGACAGACAUGGACAGGAGCAAACCUCAUCAGUGUCAGAAGUGUGGGAAAACUUUUGGUCGGAUUUGUAACCUGAGAAGACAUGAGCUCACUCAUGCUGCAGAGAAAAUGUACCACUGUGAACAAUGUGACAGCAGUUUCAGCCGACUAAAUGAAUACAAGCUACACCUGUAUACCCACCCUGAAGAGACACCAUACUGCUGCGACCAGUGUGGGAGGGAUUUCAGUGACCAGAGCUCAUACAGAAAACACCUGCAUGAUCACACGGGACCAUACAAGUGUGACCGGUGUGAAAAGAGCUUCAGUCAGUGGGGUAAUUUCACAGUACACCUGCGAGUACACACUGGAGAAAAACCACACCAUUGUGACUACUGUGGUAAAAGUUUUCGCUGCUUAAGUACAUACAAGAAUCAUGUGCGGACUCACACUGGAGAGAAACCCUACUGCUGUGAUUAUUGUGGAAAGAGAUUCACUCAGUACAGCACCUAUACGCAACAUCUGCGUAUCCACACUGGAGAGAAGCCAUAUCAGUGCGAACAGUGUGGGAAGAGUUUCAGUCGCUCAAGUAAUUACAAGCAGCACCAGCGUGUUCACACUGGAGAGAAAUCAAGCUGGUGUGAACAGUGUGGGAAAAAAUUUAGUAGGCUAGGAAGCUACGUCCGGCACCUUCGUGUCCACACUGGUGAGAAGCCAUACUGGUGUGACCAGUGUGGUAAAGGCUUCAGUCAGUCAGGGAGUUAUAACCAACACCUGCGGAUUCACACUGGAGAAAAACCAUACUGGUGUCAGCAGUGUAAGAAAUUGUUUACAUGGUCUUUGUCCUUGAGGAGGCAUCAUUGUGUUGAGGUAGAUGGAGAGAGCUCAGACUGUGUAUAGCAAAGACAAGCUUUCUGAUUUCAUCUCAGAGUGAGUUUUUAAGUAUAACAUUGUAUUUGAGCUACAUUUAUGGUAUAAAUUUAUAAUACUGUAAAGAGUUUCAAAAGUUAUAUUAGUAUUGAGUCAUAAUUUAAGGAGGAAUAACAUCAUGACAUUUUCAAGGCAAAGCAAAAACAUGCUUCAUGACACAUUUAUUGGUGUUCCCUGACAGAUAUGCAUUUAGGUUGUUCAUUGGAUCUGUAAAAAAAGUACAGAUAUGACCAGAUUUACUCUUUGACUAAGAAGCAUAAGUGUGUUAGUGGUAGUCUCUCUGCUAGACUGUGAGUGUAAGAUAGACACACCAGGUCUUUGACCAGUGUCACCAUCCAAGUGUGAGGAAUAAUUUUUGCAAGAAAAACAAGAGACAAAUUUGUUGUGGAUACUCAGUUAUGUUCCAUUCUCAAAAUGGAUAAUAAGGCACUACAAACAAAUUAACUUCAAGUGGCUGUAACUCACUGCACACUCCCUGCUCAGCACCAAACAGCAGACAGACAGCUGAUGAACAGUGGAGCAUUUAUGAGUUUAAGAGAUAGAUAUUCCCCUCAUGAGUCAGAAGAGCCCAAAAAACAGAGAUAAAGGAAUUAGGUGGCCAGAAAACAUGACUCAAAAUGGAUAAACAUGUUGCUCUGUGUCUGCUGAAUGUGUGAACAAGGAGCUGUUUGCUGAUCACCAAUACCAACUGUAAAGCUGAUGUGUCAAUCCAAUGCUCACAACUUCUUCCUGCUGCCCCCAGGUGGCUGAAAAAGGUAGUUCCUGCAUGUUGAAGUAUAAAUUCCAAAGGUUUUGCUUUUUUGUCCAACCACUGCACAUGUGAUUCAUUAAUUCUGUACAAUUUUGAGAGUACUGUGUAAGCAUGUAGUUGUAAAAUAAAGUAUUUAUCUUUGAAAACAA